UCCGGUCCGUCGGUGGUUCCGGUCCGGGAAAUGUGCGCUACCGCUGCCGCGGAGAGUUUAGCUAGGCUAGUUCAAAACUCCUCCCGCUUACCUUACCUUUCAGCGAUUUCACCGCUCAAUUCAAUGUUGCCAUUCAUUCCUGUGGAGAGUUUUAUCUACCAGCACACGCUGGUUUUAUAAAUAACUUUUUAUUCAGUGAUAUAUUUUGGAGAUACGGUUAACAGCAUCAAGGCCCCCAGUGAGAGCUAACUGUUAACCCCAAAGCUAAAAUGGCGGACAACGAGGGUGACGGCGGAGCUAUCGGAACAAUAACAGUGGCGGAGCCGCCGGGGACAGAGGCUCAGCCCGCCGUCCCUCUGAGCACCCAGCCUGAGGACCCUUUAUCGGUCCAACCUGCCGUCCAGAUCUUACAGCCCGAGGAAAAAAUAUCGACUAUUUUCGUCGCCCAGUGCGAUCAGCCUGGAGAGAGUUCAGAGCCUGGAUCCUGCACGGAUGGCAGUCAGCCUCUGAGUGGAGCAGAAAGCAGUCAGGCGGAGCAGCGCAUCGUGGUGGGCACAGAAUUUACCGAUCUGGCUAACACCACCAUCAUCUACGUGCAGCCAGACGGCAGCCUGGUGGAGGGUUCUGGGCUGACGGUCGAGGAGCAGCAAGCGGUGCUGCAUCAGCUCACCAAGCAACAGAUCGUGCAGGUUUCCGACACCGAGGCCGUCCAGUUGCUUCAGCAGAGCCAGUUGAUCAAACCCACCCCGGUCCAAAAAACAGCUCUGGAUCCGAAUCAGCUGCAGCAGGUCAUUAACCAGGUCACCAAGUCCCAGAAUCAGGUCCAGGUGCCUCAGGAGAACCUGCAGCAUGUUAAGGCUCAGCAGAGUCUGACCCAACAGAAACAGGUCCAUGUUAGUCCACAAAAUCUAAAGGUCGUUGCCUCUCAGAAUAAUGCGUCCACACAGCUGAAAAGUGUGGCUCAACACGUCGCUUUGCAGUCUAACACUUUCAUCCAGUCAGAACCAGCGAGAAUCCAGAUCCAAGUUCCUCCUAAACCAGAAGGGAAGUCUGGUGUCACCCUCCAGCAGAAGACUGUAGCUAUCAGUCACCCACAGGUGAAACUGUCCGCCGGUGGUGGCUUGAGCAACACGCAGAUCAUUCACAUCCAGCCAGUGGUCGGUCAGCAGGGUCAGCAGAUUCUCCUGCAGCAGAAUCCAGGGGAACCACCAAUCCAGUUGGUGCUGCAAAACGCUACUCCUGUGGUCGGGUCUCUGCUUCCAUUGGUCCACAAGGUGACAGGCCCAGUAACCAAAGCGACUGCUUCCUCCAGUCUUGGUCAGAAACCUGCCACGUCUACGAUCAGAGUAGAUGUGGCAGCAACAACGUCCACAGUUAAAGAUCCGCCAACCUCCAGUAGUAAGGCCCCUCCUGUUACUGCCACUAAAACAGUCAACAUUCCCUUGGUUAAAACCUCACACAAUGGCACAGAAACAGCUGCUGGGAAAGGUCCAGUUAAAGCAUCUCCAGUCAUCUCUGCAGCUAAACCUCAGCCCACCACCCUUGCUGUUGCCCCCAAACUUGCCACAGUGACCGUAGUCAAGGAAAGAGACAGAGAAAAAGAAGAGAAGAAGAAGGCAAAGAAAAGAGAAAAGAAAGCACUGAAGGUCCAAACUAGAUCUGGUCGGGUAUCCAGACCACCUAAGUACAAAGCUAAAGACUAUAAGUUCAUAAAGACAGAGGACCUGGCUGAAAGCCACCAGUCGGACUCUGAUGAUUAUUCUGACAUGAGCGUGGAGGAGGAGGAAAACGCCAAAAGGGACAGGCCUUGCUCCAGCAGCCCCUCAUCUCUCAGCUACAGCCUCAAGUCCCGUUGUCAUCGUUGUCAGACUUGCGAUAAAGCUUAUAUUGGCCCUGGUGGCCUGAACCGACACUACAAGCUGAACCCAACCCAUGGAGAGCCUGAUUUGUCCAGUGUCACGUCCAGCAACGCACCAGAUCCAGACCUGAGCAGAGAUGACCUGAAAGUAGAGGGGGCUGUCACUGAGGAGGAGGAUGAGGAGGAGGAAGCGGAGGAUAAACCUGCUGCCAUGACAACAAACAGUGGAGACAAUGGCCUGGCAACAGCUGAAGGAGUCACUGGCCCGUUUUACCGGGGUCCGGGUCGUCCCAGAGGGCGAGGUCGAGGGAGGGGAAGAGGAAGAGGAAGAGGCAGGGGGCGUGGUCGAUCACUUGGACCUCCUCCUAAGGUGACGCUUGGUCUGGUAGGUAGACCUGGUCGUCGUGGCCGACCCCCGAAGCUUGGUGUCAUCCCAGUAACUGCAAAGCAGCAGGCAGAGAGGAGACAACACAGGCUGGAGGAACUUGUGGAGCAGUGCGAAGAUGAAGAACUGAUGGAUGUUGUUCUUCCUCGUUUGACUAGUAUGUUAAGUCUGUGGGAGCUGCUGCUGGCAAAGCUUGAGUGCAAGGGUUCAGCUUGCAGCUGUUUUCCAGACAUUUACCAUGAGUUUGAGUCUCUGCAUGCUCAAGUUAGACAGACUGCACAGGACUACAUCAUAAGUCCACAAGGUGGAGCCAUGCCCGUGGAGGUCAGGAACAUUGAGGUCGCCAGGUCUCUAGGGAUCCUGGAUGAGGUGAACAAGAUGAAAGUGGUUCCUGGAGCGUCUCCUGCCUCAAGUGUGAACAAUAAGAAUGUCCGGUACAUGGGGAACUCUAAGAUGUUACCACCAUCAAAAAGAUUUAAGAUGGAAAACAGCAUUGCAGAUCACCAGAAUGGCACAGAGGCACCAAGAACAGGUGCUGUUCCAGUAACCUCAGGUACUCCAGCGGUCUCCCUUCUGAAAUCCUGUUCGGUUUCUGUGUCUCCCCUGGAGAUUUCAGGUGGAUCCAAAGUGCUGACCACCUCCGCUGAACCUACCUCCAGCUCUUCUACCACAACCUCUGCUAAAACAACCCCCAACCUGGUUCCACCUUCUGCCAGCCUCACGGAGGAGCAGGAGGCUCUGGUACACCCGGACCAGCACGUAAACAUCGCUGACACCACAGUCCAGAUGACGCAACCGGACAAUUCUCUUAGUUCAAGUCCUAAGAGUACUACAGACACAAAGACACUUGAGUCCAGCUCGACCCAGGCUGCAGCUUCUGUUGAGCUCCAGCAGUGUGACUCUUCCAAGCCUGAUCCUGGGACCAAAGAGCCCAAAGAGCUGCAAGCAGGCCAGGAGAUCUACAUCCAGACUGAGGGGCUGACAGUCCAGCUGGCAGAGGCGGGCUCAGAUGGGAUUGUCAUAGUCAAUGGACCUGAUGGAACCACAAUGCACAUUCAGACCCCAGAAGGGGUUCCUCUGGAAGCAGUCCAGGCUCUUCUAGGCAUUGAGGCUUCAGAUGGAGACAGACCUUCUCAGCAGAUCCAAGACUAAGUGACCAUAAUCUGAACAUCACUAAUGACCAGGCCUAAAAUGGUGGUGUGAGCAGAUGCUUUGGAUCAGCACCAGCCAGACCUAUGUAUACAUGGAUGGGUCAGUCUUUUAAAAGUCAAGUCCACAAACAUCAGAUUGUCUGUAAUGCAAAAGUCAGGGAGUGAUGGACAGGGGUGAAAACUGCAGUGCCUCCCUUUAACCUGAAAAUAAACAGUGUUUCAUAGACAGUCUCCUAAAGGAGGUCCAACCUGUUAUUUAUCUCUGUGGGUGUCAGAGUUUCAGAACAACACAAGGGGAUGGUGGUCCAAAUCCCAGUUGGACAGUUAUCUCAUGUUUAUACUCCAGUAGGAACAUUUCCAGAUCCUUAUUGUUGCAUAUGAGCUGUGUUCAAAGAUGCAAGGUCACACACACAUUUCAUUUCUUUUACUGUUAUGUUGCUAGUCUUUGGUGCACCAGGUGCACACUGCCACUAUAUGUUUAUAAAAGAUGAAAAGAUUAAUUUCCUCCUUUUUGUCCUCUGACUAUAUUUCUCGCUGUCUGCAGUUUGGCUUGUUUGCUUUUAUUUUUCUGUUUCUGAAAUAAAUAAUUUUUCAGAAAGAAUGGCAUAGAAGUGAAUGGGCCAAAUUCUUACUGAGUAAACUGCCCACAGUUUACUCAGUAGUUUUAAUAUGUUAGAAGGAGAACUAGUUUUCUGUCACACUCUCUCUAAACUAAAAAACAUAAAGUAUUCACACAAGAUGAAACACAUCUGGGUCCCCCACAAAUUCUAUUUUUUCCAAAACAAAAAACAAAACAGAGAUUGAUUGGAUUUCUUGUAGUCCAUAUGUGGGUUUUUUUCUUGUUUCGAAACACCAGAAACAAAAAUAUUACACAAGUGUUUGUAAGAACGUUUGGUGUAUUUGGGAUGUACACCUAUAACCCAAAUUAUUCAUACCCCUGGCAAAUUCAGAUUUCAAAUUAUUCUUUCUGACAGGAAAUGAGAUGGGCAACUCUUGAACCAUAAGAAAACAAUGUAAAAAUAUAAAUUUUGAAAAAGGAAUCUUUUUUUUUAUUUUUUACAUAUUAUUAAAAUGUCAUGUUGAAACAUAUUUAUACCCUUCUCAAUAAUCAUUGGAAAUAUCUUUAUUGACAAUACAGCAAUCAAAACCCUUCUGGUAUUUUGACGGUUUAUCUUUGAGCUGAAAGUCUUUGAGGUUGGAAGGCCUCCUUUAUCAUCACCCUAAUCUUUAGCUCCCUGCAGAGAUUAUCAGAAUCAGAAUCAGCUUUAUUGUCAAGUUCGUACAUACAAACAAGGAAUUUGACUCCGGUAUGUUAUUAUGUGUCAGAUUCAUUUUUAAAGACUCUGAGUGGGUCGCUUUGAAAAAUGUUAGUAAAAUUAAAAGAUUGAUUUAAAGCUAAAUCUGCCAGGACUAUGAAUAAUUCUGGCCUUGGCUUUACAUAGUUUUGUAAAUAGCAGCAGUUGUAACACAAAAUCUGUUGGAGUCAGAUAAAGUGUUGCACUGAGCAUCACCAUGACAACCCCCACUCAGAUGUACAUUUAAUAAUCAGCAGCUUCUCUCUUGCUUACUGUUGUUCACAUGAACCCAGAUCAAACUAAAAGUCGGCACCGGACAGCUGAGGGGCACUUCCUUCUGAAGCUGCCGGAUCCGAACUCGCCUCUAGUAGCAAGGAAAUUUGUGUUUGGUUGACUAUUUCUUUGUAACAGUGGUUCUUGGAAAUGAAUCUUAUACCUUUCAUAGCCUGUUUAUUUCCCCCUAAAUGGCACCAUAUUUAGAAGGAAAAUCCGUUGAGUUCCAUUCAAUUCAGUUUAUUUAAAUAGCGCCAAUUCACAACACAUGUCUCAAGGCCCUUCACAAAAGUCAGUUGAGCUGCAGAGUUGAGUUUAUGGGUUUCACCCGAGAAAAACCUGUAAUAUUUUCUCUGCCACUCCCAAAGCGCUCAUUCUGCUAUUGACCUGUGUUGUCUGUUUUGGAGUUUGAAGUUAAAUUAUAGUUAAAUUAUUCAUUUAGUAACAAACAGGAGCCUCAGUAGAGCAUCGGAGGACCCUACAAAUCCACACUAGCAUGGCACCACAGCCUCAUGCUGGUCACCAGCUUGGUCACACUGGUGUGCGGUGGCAUCCCACUCCUUGACCAGCAUGUGUGGGAUGAGGCCAAUGUGGAUGUGUUGGUCGCUGGAAUGAAAAGUAUGCCCAAGUUAAUCUUACAGGUGGGGUUGAGGGCAGGACCAAAUGCAGGUCAUUCCAUCUUUGGCCCUCCCAGGUUCUGCUGGUAGUCCCACUCCCUGAUAAACUCUGCUCUGUGGGGGCAAGCAUUGACAUCCUGGAGGAUGAAGUUUGGUCCCAGAUUCUGGAGAAAUAUCAGCCCUAAGAUUGUCUACUGUGAUGAUGAGCCUUGUUUUUCCAGUGAGGGAGAUGCUGCCCCACAUCAUCAUACUGCCUCAACCAAAAGCUAUUUGGCAUUACUAGAGAAGCUUUCACAACCACCUGCUACCCUCUGCAGUGAGCCUACUAAGCAUUGUCUGGACAAAUAUGUCUGGGCAAUAUUUAAGGGGAAAUAUACAUUUUCAGUGGUGUAAGAUUUAGUGCAAAGAAUUGUUACAACAAAGAAAAAUCGAUCAAUUUCUAAUUUCCUUGUUUUUAUUGCCCAGUUGAGUGAAAUGCUGUCAUCCUAAGAGGAACAAUCUGAAAAUGACAAUGAUGAUUUGUUAACUCCCUGGUUUCUGUGCAGAGCUAAAUAGGUGUUCUGAUCAAUAAUCGCCUGUAAUUGACCCAACAGGUGCAUUAAACUCUGCUGCAAUGAUGACAUCAGCUGGUUUUUAAAGACAUUUUAAGAUUUGUACAUUUGUUUCCCCUGUGUUUCUAUAUUUAGAUUUAAUCAUUUCAAACUAGAAGGUUAUUUGUUGAAUGUGUAUAUGUAGAUAAAGACAAUGAACAAAGUUUAAGAGUUGCACUAUUUUAUUACUUUUUAUAAAACAUCACUCAAUGUGUCUUUGGAGGUAAACAGGACUGCAGGGGGUCAGUGCAGGGAGGUGUAUGGAUGUUUCAGAUGCAGAAAGUAUCUAGAAAAUUUUAUAAUAAAACAAUGUGUCAAACUUA